UCGCAUUCUAUCUAAAUCCUUGCUUUUCAUGAUCGAUCGAACUCGAGAAGGAAGAGAACAACUUUCCUUCUCUUCGAUCGAGCUUUCUCUGUAAGCAAUAACCGAAUCGAAUCGAAUCGAUGGCCAUGGCGGGUGAGAACGAACCGGCGAAGCUUCUUUUACCGUAUUUGCAGCGAGCGGAUGAAUUGCAGAAGCACGAACCUCUCGUCGCUUAUUACUGUCGAUUGUUUGGCAUGGAAAAAGGGUUGAGGAUUCCCCAGAGCGAGCGAACCAAGACCACCAAUGCGCUUCUCGUCUCUCUCAUGAAUCAGCUUGAAAAGGAUAAAAAGUCGCUGAAGUUGUCCCCUGAAGACAGUUUGCACCUGGAGGGAUUUGCCCUAAAUGUCUUUGCCAAGGCAGACAAGCAAGAUCAUGCAGGGCGAGCAGAUAUGAACACUGCAAAAACAUUUUAUGCUGCAAGCAUUUUCUUUGAAAUCCUAUCCCAGUUUGGCCCAGUCCAGCCUGAUGUGAGUGUUUCAAUCAUCUUAUUUGUCUCUAUAUUAGAGUAUUCAGGAUAUAGAAUCUGAUGCUGGAUAGUUCUGGCAUCUAUGUGUCCGAUAAUAGUACUUAAUGAAGUUUGGACUAGGUAUUGUACACGUUUAGUAGAUGACUUUAAUUCGUACAUACAGCUCCAAAUGGUUAUUGUAGAGUAGCUCAAGCUCGAGCUCGAUUAAGUUCAAUCCGAGUGUUUGAUUGCAGUUGAGAUUUGAAUCAAAAUAUAGUGAGAUUCCGUUUGGGAGGUACAA